ACAAUGAACGUCAUUAUUAAUACGGUAGUUGAAUUAAGUCUUAUAUUGAAAACGUGUCCUCAGUUGGAGUCCGGUCAAAAACGAAAACGGACCGCAUUCGAAAUGUAUAACAACUUCGGACGUAUUCAUAAAAAGGUUUUUCCUUGUAAACUUUAUAUAUUCACGGAAUAUGAAAUUAACUUUGUCAAAACCGAGUAUAUUAUUAAUUAUGAUUUCAAGAUAUUUCUUCCCAUAUGCCCUUAGCGCCAGCCAAUUUUUUAUAACUCCCGUCGAGACACUUCCUAGGAGACAUUUUGUAAUAGCAGCUCAUGACUGUUUCAUAAAACUUUUAACAAACCACUCUGCCAAGACUCAAAAUAGCGCAAUGCUGGAACCGUCUGAAUAAUUUUCUCCGAACCGUUUGGGCAUCUUCACCACUCAGGUUAACUAUCAUAUUAUAUUAACCAAGUACUGUGUUUACGCAGCUAACCGUGUAAAUUUAUCGUUUGUUAACUAUGACUGGCCAAAAGUAAACACACGAAGAGAGAAAAUUUACAACAAACAACUCGAGGAAACCAAUUACCAUUAUGUAAUAAAUUAACAAAAAUGUGUGACUUGGACGUUAAUUGUCCAAAUCAAGCAAGUUUAGCUUGUUAUAUAAAUGCAAUAUACAGAGCUAUGAUAAUGGUCUCUAAUCCGGACUUUGACAGCAUUACUGAAUAUAUUAUGAAAAACUAUUGCAACGCGGACAAGCCCACCAUUAUGUGUGUAAUGAACGCGUUGCUAGAAAAGCAAGCGCUGAAAAUCAGAACUGAAAGUUGUUACGAGCUGUGUGACAGCGUCACGACCAGAGACAACGAGGAGCCAGCGCAGCGUGAGGAUGACCUAGAAAUCAUCGUACAAGAUACAGAAUGCGAACAACAGGCUUCGACGUGUCGCGACAGGCAGCCAGUGACAGAAGAGACGUCAAGCCAAUGCGAUCCGAAACGUCAGAGGUCGUUCACGUGCGUUGUAUGCAAUCAAAAGUGUUCCUGUGCUUGCGAAUUGAGUAAGCACCGACGUCAACAGGGCCACAACAACAAACGACGGCGCCAUCAGUAAAAUUUUUCCUCGGUAGAUAGUAAACGAUUGCUCUUUUUUUAUGACGACAUUGAAAGGAUUUUUGAAGAAGUAUUUCAAUUGGCAAUCAGUUUCAACAAAUAAAAAAUGUGUACUUAGAAUUUGUGUUUUUUUUAAUUUAAUUGUUAAACAUUCAAAUCGAGGCGUGUUUAAUAAUAAUAAUUAUCUCCUGUUAUAGAUCAAUUAUAUGUACUACUAAUCAUUUGAAAUUGUCUCUUAGUUUCGCUACUGCAUUCGAUUUAUUUCAAAUUAUUAACGCAUAUUUUAAUAACAAUGUUAACCCUAAAUUGUAAUCAAUAUUACUGAGAAAGUAAUAUGAGCCUGUUAAUAAUAAUUAAUAAU